ACGGGAUAGUCGGAAUGCCUGCUCCCUGUGCGUAAGAUCCGGCCUAGGGGAAAGAGAUGAAUGUUAAAUUCAAAGAUGGCGGCGGAGGGAGGAGGGAAGGAGAUGAACGAAAUUAAAACUCAGUUCACAACUCGGGAAGGUGUCUACAAGCUCCUCACUCACUCCGAAUACAGCCGUCCCAACAGGGUGCCUUUCAACUCGCAGGGCUCCAACCCAGUCAAGGUCUCUUUCGUUAACGUCAACGAUCAGUCGGGAAACGGCGACAGGAUCUGUUUCAAUGUGGGCCGUGAGCUCUACUUCUACAUCUACAAAGGCGUUCGAAAGGCUGCUGACCUGAGCAAGCCCAUAGACAAGCGCAUCUACAAGGGAACGCAGCCCACCUGUCAUGACUUCAACCACCUCACAGCCACAGCAGAGAGUGUGUCCUUGCUGGUGGGUUUCUCAGCAGGACAGGUACAGCUUAUUGACCCCAUCAAGAAGGAGACAAGCAAGCUCUUCAAUGAAGAGAGACUAAUAGACAAGACCAGAGUAACAUGCGUGAAGUGGGUGCCAGGCUCUGAGAGCCUGUUUCUGGUUUCUCAUUCCAGUGGGAAUAUGUAUCUAUACAAUGUGGAGCAUACUUGUGGCACCACGGCACCACACUAUCAGGUGCUUAAACAGGGAGAGAACUACUCUGUACACACAUGUAAGAGUAAAUCCACGCGGAACCCUCUCCUUAAAUGGACAGUAGGGGAGGGGGCUCUGAAUGAGUUUGCCUUCUCUCCGGAUGGGAAGUUCCUAGGCUGUGUUAGCCAAGACGGCUUCCUACGAGUCUUCAACUUUGAUGCGGUGGAGCUUCAUGGCACCAUGAAGAGCUACUUUGGUGGCUUGUUGUGUGUGUGCUGGAGCCCUGAUGGAAAGUACAUAGUUGCAGGCGGAGAGGACGAUUUAGUGACUGUGUGGUCGUUUUUGGACUGCAGAGUCAUCGCCCGAGGUCAUGGGCACAAGUCGUGGGUCAGUGUGGUGGCGUUUGACCAUUACACCACCAGCGUGGAAGAGAGUGACCCGAUGGAGUUCAGUGGCAGCGAUGAGGACUUCCAGGAUCAGAUGAUCCACUUCGGACGAGACCGGGCCAACAGUACGCAGUCUCGACUCUCCAAGCGCAACUCGACGGACAGCCGGCCUGUUAGCGUCACGUACCGGUUUGGCUCAGUGGGCCAGGACACUCAGCUGUGCCUAUGGGACCUCACUGAGGACAUCCUUUUCCCCCAUCUUCCACUCUCACGGACACGGACACACACUAACGUGAUGAAUGCUACCAGCCCCCCUGCGGGUGCUACAAUAAUCACUAACGCCUCUAGUAACACUACCAAUGGCAACAACAGUGGUGCCAAUACUCCUGGCAUUAACUCCCUCUCUACUACAUUACCACGCUCCAACAGCCUACCCCAUUCAGCCGGCACCACCACAACAACAACAACAACGACAACGACAACAACGACAACGACAAACAACACCAACAAAGCCAGCAGUGGUGGCGGCAUCGGCAGUGGUAUAAUGGACAGUGCCAUUGCUACAGGUGUGAGUAAGUUUGCCACGCUGUCACUCCAUGAUCGGAAGGAACGCCACCACGAGAAGGACCACAAACGCAACCACAGCAUGGGCCACAUCAGCAGCAAGAGCAGCGACAAGCUCAACCUGCUCACAAAAACCAAAACAGACCCUGCUAAGACUCUGGGCACUCUGCUGUGCCCGCGCAUGGAGGAUGUGCCCCUCCUCGAGCCCCUCAUCUGUAAAAAGAUAGCACACGAGAGACUGACUGUACUCAUAUUUUUAGAGGACUGUUUAGUGACUGCUUGUCAGGAAGGAUUUAUUUGCACAUGGGCGAGGCCAGGCAAAGUGGGUUUAUUGUCAUCCCAAAACCAAGCCAGCUCUCCCAGUGGAACAGUAGUAUAGCCACAAUAUUUCUGCUGCUAAAGAACCCUGCAACCCAGAGUCUGAUGCUGCUCUUCACCCUGCAAGCAUUGCAAGUUUUCCUUUUCUUUUAAACCCCUUCCCUCCCCCCCCCCCCCCCUUGAUUUUGUUAAUGGCUUUUUCAAUUUUUUUUGUUUAUCACCCACUUGACCUAGUGGAGGAAUGAAGCAAGAAAAGGUGUGGUGGUGCAAUUGUGGACUUUAUGCGCUCAUGUUCUAUUGUUCUCUAAAGUUUUAACACAUUUUAUUUAGAUUUAAAAAAAAAUCUUUCUUUCAUGUCAAAUCUCAUCAGACUGUCCCCUCUGGAACUAAAGUGUGGCUCUGAGAGAUGCAAACCAGAUAAUUAUGGCUUGAAAUGAAAGUGAUGGUUCAUUUAAUUUUCAUAAUGGACCUUUUUUGUUUUAACCUUGUACUGUAGCCCAAUCCCAACUCGGGGUUCCAAGAACCAGAAUUUUGGAUGAACUAUCCUUUUACGACCAAGUGCGGGAGCAUCCGAAAAUGUUGCAUCCAUCCACAUUGACCCAUCCCUUCUGUCUUUUCUUAAGUAGAACCUUCCCAUCAAGGACUUUGCACUGAUUUUGUUAUUUUGUUGUUUGUUUUUAUAACUACUCUUAAUGGAACAAAAGAGAAGGGUUGAGGACUGCCUUGUCGCACUCGGCGUUAACAUCCUCAGUCUUGAAAUCUGAAUCUAUAAAGUUGGAUGCUGCAAUCAUAGUCUUUUUAAAGAAAACAAAUUGUUUGCACUUAAAUUAGUUUAGUAGAAGAAGAUGGCUUUACUUUUUGGGGUGUGCUCACAGAUGGCUAAUAACAGUAGGUGAAGACAAAUCAUAAAAAAAGAACUAUUAAAACCUUUAUCUAUUGAGCAUUUAUUUUAAUAUUAUUUCAGAUUCAAAUCUGCUCUGUAUCAUAAUGUGUAUAUUGUAAUUAAUUGAUUUGUUGGGGGCCUAAGCAAACUACCAUUAUUCCAGUGGAAGUCUUCUCAUUGAUAGUUAUAUUUCUAAAGCCUAAAGUAUACAUAUUAAUAAUAUUAAAAUAAUCUUGAAUA